CCGAUUUCGCCCCUCUAUAAAGCCCCCGUCUCCCCGCAAGCGAUCGUAUUCAGAUAAUCCGAUCGCCGCCGGAGGAGGAGGAGGCAAAGAUGAACUACUACAACCAGCAGCCGCCCGUCGGCGUCCCGCCGCAGCAAGGUUACCCGGGGAAGGACGGCUACCCGCCGCCGGGGUACCCACCGGCCGGCUACCCCCCGCCGGCGCAGGGCUACCCACCGGCCGGAUACCCCCCGCAGCAGGGCUACCCGCCGCCGUACGCGCAGCCGCCGCCUCAGCAGCAGCACAGCAGCGGGCCUUCCUUCAUGGAGGGAUGCUUGGCUGCCCUCUGCUGCUGCUGUCUCCUGGACGCCUGCUUCUGAGAAGAAAGGCGCCGGGUGCAAGGAAAGCUAUUUCAUGGAGCCGCUGGAACCGAGCUUUUUUGGAGAAAUUCUGCUAGCUUCCUUGUUCUGCAUUAUUACCUGUUAUUCACCCUGUUUAUGAACCUCUCUGAAUUCUGAACCUGGUGUUGAUGGAUGAAACUAUAGUAGUUCUACUGUUGAUUUCAAUGUUGAUGGUGGAACUCAAUCCGGGAUUGUGGAGUGCAAGUUGAUGCCUUGCGGUAUCUGCCUUUUGACCUCUUUACCA